UUCCAUCACAGAAGAGUUCCCAAACAUUUCCAUGUGAGAUCUCCAUUCUCCUGUUUAUCUCCCAUUCUAAAUACCCUACUAAUGAGAUGGAGAGGGUGGACCUAAGUCAGCCUAUCUGGGAUCUGAACACAUUCAGGGGGAGACUUCAGUAUUAUGCAUGGAUCACCAAUCCUCUACUUAGCCUUCACUCAGAAUCAGCGCUGUAUUCUGCCAGGGACCUCGUCCAGAAAUAUAGAGCUGGGGAAGAACCUCCAGGAACAACAGUGAGCCAGUUAAGACAAGCCCAGCAACUGUACCUCUCGGCAUUCCAUCCAGAUACAGGGGAAAUCCAGAAUGUCAUAGGGAGAAUGUCCUUCCAAGUCCCCGGGGGCAUGAUUCUGAUAGGAGCCAUGAUCACAUUCUACAGGAGCAAUACAGCAGUUAUUUUCUGGCAGUGGGCCAACCAGUCUUUCAAUGCCCUUGUGAAUUAUACCAACAGGAAUGCAGCUUCAGACAUUUCCAAAAAACAACUAGGAUUUGCUUAUGUCACUGCUACUUCAUGUGCUCUUGUUACUGCACUGGGCUUGAAGGCUUUCCUUGCCAAGAGAGCUGCUCCAAUGCUUCAGCGCUUUGUGCCGUUUGCUGCAGUCUGUGCCUCCAACAUGGUAAACAUUCCUCUAAUGAGACAAAGUGAACUGACCAAAGGAGUUGUAGUAACAGACGAAGAAAAUAAUCCUGUAACCAAAUCCAAGUAUGCAGCUAUAAAAGGAAUAAGCCAAGUGGUAUUUUCAAGAAUUGUCAUUUGCUCUCCUAGCAUGGUGAUAUUACCUAUUUUUAUGGAGAAGAUGGAUAAAAUGCCUUUUAUGCUGAGAUAUGGCCGCUACAUUAAUGCUCCCUUACAAAUCCUGCUGUCUGGUUUAAGUUUGGUUGUAAUGGUUCCAGUUGGCUGUGCUCUAUUUAACCAACAAUGUUCUAUAUCCGUAGACAAGUUGAAAAUUCUCGACUCGGAUGCAUAUGAAGAAGUCAAGUCCAAAUAUGGAAAGAAUAUACCUAAGACUCUAUAUUUUAAUAAAGGCUUAUAAUUUAUAUGAAUUUCACUCAAGUGCAUAAUACAUGUAUUUAUAUGUUCAUUGUAUUUAAAUAAAUUAUUUAUAUUUUAA